GGAGCAGCUGCGACUAGUUACAGUCACGUGACGCGGGAAAGGAGGCGGGGCGGGCGGAAGGUCACGUGACUGGAGGCAGCUGCCGGAAAUCCCGCGCCUGGGAAGGAGCUGAGGGGGGGAGGAUAAGAUGGCGGCGGAACGGGAGCCCCCUCCGCUGGGGGACGGCCGGCAGACCGAGGCGGAGGAGCUGGAGGACGGCGAGGACCUCUUCACCAGCACCGUGUCGACGCUGGAGUCCAGCCCGUCAUCUCCCGAACCGGCCAGUCUUCCUGCUGAGGACAUCAGCACGAAUUCGAAUGGUCCUAAGCCCGCAGAAAUCAUCCUGGAUGACGACAGGGAAGACCUUUUCGCUGAAGCCACAGAGGAGGUUUCUCUGGAUAGCCCUGAAAGGGAGCCAAUACUCUCUUCAGACUCUACUCCUGCUGUUACUCCCGUGACACCUACCACACUAGUAGUACCUAGAAUGGAGUCCAAAAGUAUAAUGGUCCCGGUGGAUUUUGAUAGGUCCAGAGAAGAGAUUGAAGAGGAGGCCAACGGGGACAUGUUCGAUAUUGAAAUUAACGUGUCCGAUCCGGAGAAAGUCGGUGAUGGUAUGAAUGCUUACAUGGCCUACCGAGUAACAACAAAGACCAGCCUGUCUAUGUUUCACAAAAACGAAUUUUCCGUAAAAAGAAGAUUUAGUGACUUUCUCGGUUUGCAUAGCAAAUUAGCUUCAAAAUAUCUGCAUGUUGGGUACAUUGUGCCCCCAGCUCCAGAGAAGAGUAUUGUAGGCAUGACCAAGGUAAAAGUAGGCAAAGAGGAUUCGUCGUCUACGGAAUUUGUAGAAAAAAGAAGAGCGGCUCUAGAAAGGUAUCUACAACGAACAGUAAAGCACCCGACCUUGUUACAGGAUCCUGAUUUAAGGCAGUUUUUGGAAAGCUCUGAGCUGCCGAGAGCGGUGAACACCCAAGCUCUGAGCGGAGCUGGACUGCUGAGGAUGGUGAACAAGGCUGCCGAUGCUGUUAACAAGAUGACAAUCAAGAUGAAUGAGUCGGAUGCGUGGUUUGAGGAGAAACAGCAGCAGUUUGAAAAUCUGGAUCAGCAACUCCGGAAACUUCACGGCAGCGUCGAAGCCUUGGUCUGCCACAGGAAAGAGCUUUCCGUCAAUACAGCCGCCUUUGCCAAAAGCGCCGCCAUGCUGGGGAACUCCGAAGACCACACGGCUUUAUCGAGGGCUUUGUCGCAGCUGGCCGAGGUGGAGGAGAAAAUAGAUCAGUUGCACCAAGAACAAGCUUUUGCUGAUUUCUAUGUCUUUUCGGAGCUGCUGAGCGACUAUAUCCGCCUCAUCGGUGCAGUAAAAGGCGUCUUCGAUCACCGGAUGAAGUGCUGGCAGAAGUGGCAAGACGCGCAGGUCAUGCUGCAGAAGAAGCGCGAAGCCGAAGCGAAGCUUCAGCUCGCCAACAAGCCGGACAAGCUGCAGCAGGCGAAGGACGAAAUCAAGGAGUGGGAAUCCAAGGUUCAACAAGGCGAGCGGGAUUUUGAACAAAUCUCCAAAACAAUCCGCAAAGAAGUAGGAAGAUUUGAGAAAGAACGCGUGAGAGACUUCAAAACAGUUAUAAUCAAGUAUUUGGAAUCGUUAGUACAAACACAACAGCAGCUGAUAAAAUAUUGGGAGGCAUUCCUACCUGAAGCCAAAGCCAUUGCCUAGAAAGAAGACUAUUUCACGUCCGAAGACUCUCUCCGGGUGUUUGUCCUGACCGAGCUGAACUCCGCAGUGAAAAUCCACUUUAAAAAUCAUCCAAAUAAACCACUAUAUAUAUUUUAUGACUUAAACAUGUGGCUUUUUAUAUACUACAGCGUUUUUUUCUCAAUGGCUGCAUGUCCCGCCCCUCUCUGCGGGGGACUGUGGCAUGACGUUCUGCAAUACUUGCUGAAUUGAACACUAUCGUGUCUUAAUAUUUGCACCGGAAGGUGCGAUGCGAAGCCAGAAAGUUAUUUUUGUUCUUUCCAGUAUACGUCUGUUCUGUCGACCCAAUCUUUAUGAAAACAAAAUUGCAUUUAUUAAUGUUCACAUACACAUUCCUGUACAUAAUCAAGAUUUUUUGUGAUUACAGUAAUAAAGGGAUGUACCUUGUGCAACAUUAA